CACUACAUCUUCCCCUCACAACCCCCUAAAACACACCAACCCACUUCUCUCUAACAGCGAUUACCAUAACGGGAAGAAUCAGGAUAACUAUUCUGGUUGUAGUGAUUUAGAAUAUAACCUAUCACUGAAGUUUUGAGCUAAUGAUUGUCUGCAUUCUUACUGCUGUGAAUGAAACAAAGGUUCUGGUUCAGCUUUCCCACCUGGAAAAUAAGUACAAAGUCAAUACUUCCACCUGUCAACAUCUCUUUUGCUUUCUGUCACUGAUUGCUUCAAGAAUCUGUUUUCUAUAGAUUUUAUUUAAAUUAUAUUUCAAUUGUGAAUUAAAACAAACUUUCCUCAGCUAAAAAUUGUUCCUGGUCUUGUUUUUUUUAUUUUUUAUUUUUUAAUAAGGUUAAUUAUCUUUUUAGAGUGGUUUAAAAUGGCUGUUUAAUCACAUAUUUAGGGGCAUCGGAGUUAAAGAGGGUGGACAUACAUGCUUGCAAAACCUUUCAGUUCUAUCCAGCAUUGAUCUAUCAAAUAAAAGUUCAAGUAAAAAGAGAUUGAGGGAAACAUGAGGCCUCAGAUGACCUUUAUAUAAAACACCUCAAGAGGAUAUGUGGAUUUGUUUAAACAUCAUUUUAGGCAAUUGUUUAAAUGUACAACAGUCUGCAGCUUCAUAACCAACCAGCAAGGUUCUUGUUUGUCGUUUUACUAAGCAGGAAAGUUUUGCACGGUCCGGUUGCUGCUGUUAAAUAAUUCCCUGCUUGUGCUGCUCGGCCCUGCGCUGCGCGCUCCUCCGGCCGCGGCGCUGCGGCCUGUCGCUUGUGGUUCAUCACCGAGCAUCGCUCGCCCGGUUGGGGGCCGUGCUAACGAGCCUCCCCCUCUUUGUUUUCUUGGAGGGGAUUUACCCCGGGGGGCGCUGACCACUGGACACCGCCGAGGAUUAUAACCACGCAGCCGACGAGGGUUUAGCGGAGCUGACGCCAGAGGAUAUCAGGGCGGUGAGCUCGUUCGGAGAGCGGCGCUGCUGAACGCAGAGCGGGACGCGUGCCAAUUACGCAUGGAGACGCGCUGAAGAGAGCAGCUGAACGACGCACCUCUGAAAGCGCUUUCAUUCUGGAAACCUGGAAACCCUCGGCUCCUGAUGACGGUCACCUACACCGCCAGAGUUGCAAAUGCCAAAUUCUGCGGCUUUUCCAAGCUGCUCUUGGCCUGGAAAGGCAGCAUCUACAAAGUUCUUUACAAAGAGUUUCUGGCUUUCUUCGCCAUGUACACAGCCACCAGCGUCACUUACAGAUUUUUCAUGGAUGAUGAUCAGAAGAGGUAUUUUGAAAAGCUGGCAAUUUACUGCAACCACUACGCCAGUCUCAUCCCCAUGUCCUUUGUACUGGGUUUCUACGUGACCCUGGUGGUGAACCGCUGGUGGAAUCAGUACACCAGCAUCCCGCUGCCCGACAGGCUCAUGUGCGUCCUGUCCGGGGGCCUCCAGGGGAACGACGAGCGAGGCCGCUUGCUGAGGCGCACCAUGAUGCGCUACGCCAGCCUCUCGGCCCUCCUCAUCCUCCGCUCUGUCAGCACGGCCGUCUUCAAAAGGUUCCCAACCAUGGACCACGUGGUGGAGGCUGGAUUUAUGACAAGAGAGGAGAGAAAGAAGUUUGAGGGUCUCCACUCUCCUUACAACAAAUACUGGAUCCCGUGCGUUUGGUUCACCAACCUGGCAGCUGUGGCUCGCUGUGAGGGCAGAAUCAAAGACGAUCACACACUCAAGCUUCUCCUGCAGGAACUGAACGGUUUCAGAGGGAAGUGCAGCAUGCUGUUUCAUUAUGACAUGAUCAGCGUGCCAUUAGUGUACACUCAGGUGGUGACUCUGGCAGUGUACAGUUUUUUCCUCGUGUGUCUGAUUGGCCGUCAGUUUCUGGACCCCGGUCAGGGUUACCCGGGUCAUGACCUGGACCUAUACGUCCCCAUCUUCACGCUGCUGCAGUUCUUCUUUUACGCAGGGUGGCUCAAGGUUGCAGAGCAGCUGAUUAACCCCUUUGGAGAAGAUGAUGAUGAUUUUGAGACCAACUGGCUAAUUGACAGAAACUUUCAGGUGUCCAUGAUGGCCGUGGAUGAGAUGUACGGCGAUCUCCCGAUGAUGGAGCGAGACCGUUACUGGAACGACUCCAAUCCCCGACCGCCCUACACGGCAGCGACACUCUUUGUCCUCCGUAAACCGUCCUUCCAGGGGUCCACCUUCGACAUGGCGAUCCCGAAGGAGGAGAUGCACUUCCAACCUCUGGAGGACAUUGCUGAGAAUCUGGAGGAAUCUGGCACUCGCCACCCCAACAUGGCUCUGUUUAACCGCCUCCUCCACGCGGCUCCGUCCCCGACUGGCUUCAUGGGAGGAGCUCUACGCCGCACCUCGGCUCAACUCCAGAGGCUGUACCACUCGCCCAGCGACGACAGAUGCACCAGCGACGAGGACGAGGACGAGGAGGAGAAAAGUUGCAAAAUCGGUAAAGGUGGGUCGCUGCCAUCAGGGCUGGGCCAGGACACCCAGAGCACCGUGUGCAGCUUCAGGGAGGACAAGAGUCCCAGGACGCCGCUGGUGGAUGUUCAGUUUGGGGAGGAGCAGGGAAGACGAGGAGGAAACGUCUCAGCCGGCGAGAGCAGGGAUGUAAGAAGAGUUGAAGGAGUUCAGAGGGAUGAAGAUGGAUCUGAAGCAAAUUCAGAGGAGACUUCCAUAGCUCCUGUGUCAUUGCUUCCUCCUCCUCCUCUUCCUCCAUCCUCCAGAGAGGCAUCUACUCGCCCUGCCUCUGCCACUCCUAUCACGUCCCGCCACCGCUCUGCCUUCCUGUUUCCCCCGACCGCCCAGUCCAGUCUGGAGCACUGCAGCUCCCAGCCAGUGAUCAGCCAUCCGAGGGCAAUGCCUCCCAUCCCCACACCACAGUCGGCUGGGAACAAAAUGUCGCUCCUCACCGUGCCGUCUUACAUCGAGCCUCAGCGUUUUCGCAGCGUGAGCAUGGGGUCAGAGUUCACAGGGUCCUGAAGUCAGCAACAAACUGCAAACAUCUGGUUUUGUGAACGCCAAGAGGUUUAGUUCUGUAAGUAAAGCAAAACACUGAAGUGGCGCUUAGAGUUAUUCCUGAUUCCUGAUUACUCUGUUUGGAUCACAUUGUAGUUUAAAUAAAUUAAAUGCACAACCUAACAGAAUUCAUGAUUUCCCCCUUGUAUUAUCUCUUAUUUAUACAAUAAACAUUUAUUAAUCUCCUGUAAACCUUAAAAACAAAGAAAAGAGAGGAGUUCAUGUUGUAUUUUUGCACGUUGACCAGUGGAGAUUUAUUGACCAGUAACUUUUGUAAAGUCCACUCAAUUGUUGUUUGCAUGCAAUGGACAAAUAAAAUUUUAAUCUGUGCAUGCUUACUGCAAAAGGAAGCAAAAAUAAAAACAUGUGGAUUUGUCA